UUUGUCGUUAAGGCAUGAUAGGCAUCACAUCUCUGUAGUAACAGUCAAGCUAGUUAGCUGAACGAUAGUUAGCCACUUAGCUAGCAAAGUUAACUAGCUAGCGUUUGCAGAUACAUACCUGACGAUAAGGUAACAGGGGGAUUUGCGCGAUUUAUUUUCUGAUUUACACUGCUAGUUCGGACACAUUUUACGAAAAUGCUACGGUAACCGAAUCGAUGAAAAACAAAGCAAAACCUCGUCAACGUUAAUUCAAACAUCCUACGAUAUUACGGAUCACACACCGGUGGAGCUGGGGAGAAUGGUGGUUCCGGACAGUGGAAAUGUGGUCCAGACAGCCGACAAUGGCGGCAGUACCAGCGGACACAUGGCUAGCGCGCAGCCCGGCUUUGAAACCGAACAGGACCUUGCAGGGGUGGAGCUAGAAGAGGUUCGCAAGUUGCAGGAGCUCGUGCGGAGACUAGAAGUUCAGAACCAGACCCUGCGCAACAGGGGCACCAAACUUAUCAACAGCAAUCUUACGUCGACCGGUACCAACAUAAAUAACCAACGGACACUCGGCGAGGGAUUUACAAACUCUGCCGCCGCUACGACGGAGGACGGAGGUGAGGUUAGCGUCCGGGACUUUGAGCUGUCCCCUCCGCCGGACAGCAGUAGCAACAGCAUCGAGGACAUGUCCCCGCUGCCCGAAGCCGCGAGGCUAGAGGACGAGGACGACGAAGAGAACGCGGAGUCCGCCGACUUUCAUCUCACUUGCGCCGCUGGCAACACAGAGGAGCCCCUUGGACAGCCACACUCAAGUCCCUCUCUGGAGAGCUGCGAGUCGGAGACAUUAGGUGGGAGCGAUGCAGUCAUGGACCACUCUGCCCUGGACGAUGUGGAUGUGCUUGAUCUGGGGGACUCUGUCGAGGCAGACGACGAGGACAGCUGGCUGUAUGUGUCCCCUAAGAAGCAGGUGGCGGAGCAGGGGCCCCAGUCUCCUCUGAAGUGGUGUCGGCAGGUCCUGGACCAUCCCAGCCCAGAGACCGAGGUGGCCUGCAAAACCCUCAUCAACCGCCUGGACCAGUCGGCGUCUCGAUGGAGGAACGUGUACUCGAGUCCAUCCCAGUGCUCGGUGGGCUCCACGGCUGAGGCCUCGCUCUCCCCUGGGUACCACAAAUCCACUAACAAACCGCUACUAACCUGUGGCAGCUCAGGUUACAUGAGUAUGCACUCAGCGUUGAGCUCCCAGUCGUCUAUAGACAGCGAGCUGAGCACCUCCGAUGACUCCAUCUCCAUGGGAUACAAGCUGCAGGACCUCACCGACGUCCAGAUCAUGGCCCGUCUGCAGGAGGAGAGUCUGCGUCAGGACUACGCGUCCAGUUCGGCCACUGCGUCCCGCCGCAGCUCCUCGGCCUCGCUGCAGUCCCUGCGUCGCGGAGGCGGCGGCGGCGGCGCUUACAGCGACCAGGAGCUGGACUCCUACAGCCUGGAGGACGAGGAGGACGCCAUGGGCUACUGCCCGCCGAGCCUGGGCCAGCGCCGGCCCAGGUGCUCGCCGUCGCCGCUGGGCUCGCCCCGCUGCCAGUCCCCCAGCAGCCCUCACGACUACGGCCGCGUGGCCGGCCAGCCGCGCACGCACACCCCGCGCCGCUCCCUCCAGGGGCCCAGCGCCGAGCUCCUCAAAUACGCCCGCAGUGAAGAGGAGUUGAGACACGGCAUGCCGCGCACCAGCCUGCGUUCUUUAGAGGCGGUCAGAAACAGCCGCAGCAUGGAGGCUAACCUGCAGAGCUCCGGCAACCGCAUGUCGCGCCUGCCCCAGUCCCCUACCACAGGCGUGCCGUCCUCCACGCGGCUCCGCAGCACCGGCCACUCCCCGCUCUCCCUGCGUGCUCCAGUGAAGGCCCUGGGCCCCAUGGGCUCUGCAGGGCAGGCGAGGCAGCCCGCGCGCGGGGCCCCUGGGGCUGCGGCCGGCCCUUCCACCGGGGUGCGCAGGGUCCAGUCCCCGGGGCCUGCUAACGGCGGAGGAGGAGGAGGAGGAGGAGGAGGAGGAGGAGGAGGAGGAGGAGGAGGAGGAGCAGCAGCGUACCCGGCUGGCAGGACCAGCCUGGGGGCGAAGCAGAUGCCUGGGAGGGGGAUGGCUGGAGCAGCGCCGCCCGCUAGAGGUCGUCUGUCACAAACGCCCAGGAGAUCUUUUGGGAUGACUAAAAUCGCAGACGAGUCGUGGAAAGACGGCUGCUACUGAAGCCUUCGUCACACACACACACACACACACACACACACACACACGGCUGCUACUGAAGCCUUCAUCUCAUAUACACAUACACACACAUAUACAGACAGUGACUGGCGUCCGCCUCACUCUGCUCCCCCAGAGCAACCUGCACCAGCCUACUGCCUCUCUGCCCCUCCCCCCUACACACACACACUCAGAGCGGCUCUCACAGACACACACACACACACACACACACACACACACACGCACACACACACACACACUGCACUGGCAACAUGACACUUCAGGAACUGGACACGCACGUGGCAUGUCUGUUUGCACUCUCACAAUCGUCACACUACGAGGACAAAAUGAAGGAACAGAAGAGACCGAAAGAGAUAACAGUGUGGCUCAGAAGGCUCGCUGGAAUCAGUCUAAAGACUAACAGAAGUUGUAAACAUUUUUUUGUUUUGUUUUUCUCUCUCUCUUAUCUUCCCUACUUUAUUUUUCUGGAAUCAACCUAGUCUAUUUUUGAUGAGACACAAAGAAGAGACCUGCUGGAAAAAAAAGAAGAGCUGUGAUGUACUGUAUUUUGUCCUGUACGUUAGAGACUAGAGAGGGACGUGUGCUUUGUUUACUAUUUGAACUUGGUAGUGCUCCAAACUUUAUCCCCUGGGUGUGGAUGCACACUGCUAGUCGACCAUACUCUGAGUAACUUUCAACUGGAUGUUGCAUGUGUAUUUUUAUUCCAUGGAUGAGAAUAUUUAUGUACAGUAUGAUUCGUUCUUUGGAGGCGAGCUCCAAACUCUGUGAGAUGGCUUGUGUUUUGUUUAAGUAGUUAUUGAUUCCUUGCAUUCUGCCAAGAAUAAUGAUGAUGAUGAUGAUGAUGAUUAUGAUAAUGAUGAGAAUAAUAAUAAUAAUAAUAAUAACUGACUUUUAUGUGUUUUCUUGGGCACAUCAACGCAAUAUUUGUAGGGAAUUUAACUGCCCUUUUAAAAAUAUCUUGGGCGGGGGAAAAAAGGUUUUAUGUUGUCAGUGUCAUCAUUGUGCCAAGGUGAAUUAUUGCAGCAAAUAUUCUUUGUUUCCCUGUUUUUUUUUUUUUUUUUGUAAUUAUUUGUUUUCAAUCAAACAUAUUGUAUGUUAAA